AUGCCACAAUAUCAAUUCCAUCGCCUUUCCGGCCCCCUCCGCAUUAAACAGCUUGAUAUCCACAACACCCCCCACGGCAGACGGAGAAUCAUCACCCUGCCCAAUAAGUCACAUCAUGUUAUACAUGAGCGUGACAUGGAAAAGGAAGCAUCCUUUAAUCAAAAUGUGUUCAACUUGUCUCUUGCUCUGUCACAAAGCCGCGUAAAUGAUGCGACGGAGUUGCGUUGCAUGACCUUAGGUGUUGAUGGAUCUGUCACAGAAUCUGAAGUUCGAGGAACUAGGGAUGAUAUCGCUAAACAGUGGGGUUUAGAUGGCCGUGAUUUGCGCAACGUGGAUCUUGUCUCAGAGGGAAUCCCCCAUUUGUUAGUCCGUCCAUCUGUCAUCUUUAUCAGCAUGUUCACUUUACGGCUUUUGGUCCGCGCAAAUGGAGUGCUUCUUUUUCUUCUUCCAAUUGAGGACUGCCAUGUGAAGGUGCAGGAUGUCUUUAUGACAGACCUACAGAGCAGGCUCCAACCCAGUCCUGGCUCUGGUCUUUUGACGAAACUCCCAUUUGAGCUGCGUGUGGUGGAUGCAGCACUUGCCUCUGUGGUCGCAACUCUGGAAGCCGAGCAUGUUCUCAUCCGCCGAGAAGUCGAAGAUAGCUUGCGUGAUUCAACAAGAGAAGAUGUUGUUUACUCUGUUCUCCAUGACUUACAGGAUCACAAGAAAAGGCUCGUGGCCAUUGAGCAGCGCGCUCACCAGUUCCGCUCGGCGCUGCGGGAAGUCCUCGAAAAUGAUGAAGAUAUGGCGACCAUGUUUUUGACGGAUCGGCAUGUAGGUCACCCGCACGAGGUAGAAGAUCACCUAGAGGUCGAAUAUCUCCUCGAAGCAUAUUACAAGAACACAGAUGCAAUCGCAGAGUCUGCAAGUGCCUUAUUGGGCGAUUUGGAGCGCACGACAGAAACCAUUCAAUCAAUUUUGAAUGUGCGACGGAAUCAGAUCUUGGUUUUUGAGGCACAACUGGAGAUCUGUAUGUUGGGUUUUGCAGUAUCAACUUUUGUGGCAGGCCUAUUUGGAAUGAACGUGGCGAACUUCUUUGAAGAGAGUAAAUCGGCAUUUGCAAUCCUUGUGGGAGCGUGUGUGAUGGGAACGGUCACAAUUGCGAAGUAUGGCUUGUGGAAACUCAAUAAGUUCCGGAAAUUGCGGUUUUAG